AUGAAGUAUUUAUUGAGCUAUGCAAGCAAUCCUAGUGCAUGCCCAGGAAGGAACAAUUUAUACAGUAGAGAGCUUGUAGAACUAUCUGUUAGGAAUCUAUUGAGAGAAUUGGCUGAAGUAAGAGUUUCAGCGUCGCACCUGCCUGCUCCAGAACAAUAUCGAUUACCAGGUGGAUAUGGACAAACAUCAAGACCUCUAGGACAAAAUAUUGAAAUGAAGAGAGGUGACUGGAUAUGUCCAAAGUGCAGUUUCAUGAAUUUUGCAAGAAAUGUUAAAUGCCUUGAAUGUGAGGAGUCUAGACCGAAGAGACAGCUGACAGGAGGCGAGUGGGAGUGUCCUCAAUGUGAUUUCUUUAACUAUGGAAGGAACUUGGUCUGCUUAAGAUGUGAUUGCAAACGACCUGGUGAGGCUUCAUUCGAUAAUUUCAAAUCCAGACCAGAGCUGGGAUAUUCUAAUGAGAACUACACAAAUAAGGCUAAUGUUGAUAGCAGGUUGGCUGAGAAUGAAGAGAAGGCACAGAGGUGGUUGAGUACGGUUUCUCAAAUGGAUAAAGCCUCUGAUUUGAGCAGUGUGGCGGCUGAUGCAGAUUUUCCUGAGAUCAUGCCAUUGAGGAAAGGAGAAAACAGAUUUGUUGUAAGCACAAGGAAGACACCCUUGGAGAGAAGGAUGGCUAAUUCUCAAUAUCAAAGGAACUUAAAUAAUGAUGGGACUAGGGAACGUAGUAAUUCUCAAACUGGGGGUGCAAAUGAGAACCUUGAUACUUCAAUCAGCCAGAGUUUGGACCGGAUACUUGGUCGCACGUCCACCAUGUCCAGAACAGAUAAUAAAAGCAUCACAGCUGGACAAAAUGCUAGAACAGAGAACUCCACUCCACUUUCUAGGUCAGAUUCUUCACAGUAUGCACACCCCAGGGCGACCAAUUCAAGUUAUGUUCCAUUCGUGCCAUUACCUGCUGAUAUGUUUGCCAAAAAACCUCAAAUUGCAAAUAUUGUGGAUAGUGAAACAGAAGGCUGCAAAUCUGUGUCUUCAAAGGUCAUUGAGCAAACAGAUCCUGUUUCUGUGAGUGCAGCUCAAGCUGAGAACAAUGAUAACGAAAAAGAACAUGCUGAAAAGUCUGAAAGAUGGUUUAAGAGGGUAGCAGCGCUGCAUGAUGUCACAGACCUAUCAAGUGCUAUUGCAGAUGAGAAUUUCCCGAAGGUUAUGCCAAUGCGUAAAGGAGAAAACCGGUUUGUAGUUAGCAGGAAGAAGGAUCAGUCUUUAACUUCUCCGAUGUACAAAACACGUGUGUCUAUGGAGCAGGCAAGCAAUCCUAAGUUUGUCCCAUUCGUUCCGUUCCCACCUGACUACUUUGCAAAUAAGAACAAACUGCAGCCAGAGGGCAAAGAUUCAAUCAUAAAACCUACGGGUGAAACUUCUUCCAUUUCUACCACUCCGGAGAAGUUCCCUGAAAAGUCAGAUGAUGCUAGACCUGGAGCAUCUAAUUUGAGUCAAACGCAAAGACCAGAAAACCAACAGACCAGCUCAGGGAAUUGGAAUUCAAAACCUUGUGGGGACUAUGGGGCACCAGUUGUUGGAAAUUUGACGCAAAGCUCUUUCAGAAAUUCACCGACCUCACCUGAAAAUCAGAAUGUUAGAAGUGGCUGGACGGGGAAGAGCUUGGAAGGUUCAGCGGUGAAGGAAUCCAAUCCUUUGGACAUGUCAGAAGAGGCCAAGGCAGAAAGGUGGUUUCGACGUGUUGCCCAGAUCAAGGACAUUUCUGAGCUGAGCCAGAUACCUGACGAAGACUUCCCCUCAAUAAUGCCAAUGCGGAAGGGAGUGAACAGGUUUGUGGUGAGCAAGAGGAAAACACCAUUAGAGAGGAGGUUGACAUCUCCUCAGUACAGAAGGAAUCUUCCCAUUGUGAGCUCUGAUCCAAUGAAGAAGGAAAAUGACACUAGUUAA